AUGGCGGGAGCAGAACCGGACGUGUUCCGCGCGGAGCAUUUCGAGUCUCUGUUCGGCCUGAUCCAUACCGUUGCGGGCGCUGCGCCGCACACAACGGCGGGCUUCGGCGAUUGGUACAUCCAUGUCGAGCGGAACCGCGAGGCGUUGGCUUGUCUCGGCCGCGUGCCGCCCAGAAGCGAGGCGGAGCGCCGCGAGAUCCGCGGCGGCGCCAUCACCCUGCACGGCACAUCCCAGGCGCUAAAUGCCGAUUUCGUCGCGCAGACCUUGCGUGUCUCGGACGCACUGGACAUCUCGGAGCGCUACGCCGCGUCGCUCCUCCAGGAAGCGAUCCUUGCAAGCAAGCGAUGGGCGCGCGCGCCCGUCGACGUUGCCAUCCUGCUCUUUUACCGCGAGAAGCUAGCUCUGCUUGCAUGCGUAAAAGCGCUUGCGUACCAUGCGUACACGCUGUGCCUCAGCCCCGAUACCGAGGCCCAGCGGAUCGGGAUCCGGAUGGGCCGCCUCUUGGACACGAUCGUGCGCGCGCGUGCGGCCCAGCGAUUUUUGCCGCGCGUCCUGGAGACGCUUGAUGCACUGCGCGGCGUGCGCGAUGGCGUGCGCGCCGCGCUCCAGAGCCCGCCAGGCGCCCACAAACUCAGCGACGAGAUCCAGCUGGAGCGCCUUGUGUGGAUCGAGCAGGGCGAGCAGGAGCUGGGGCACAUUGUCUACUUGCUCUCUAUAUCGCGCCGCUUUGCUCCUGCCGACAUCGAAGCGCUGCUUGGCGCUUUGCGCACGCUCGAAAUACACCACGCGCACAGCGCACUGCCUCUCUACCUCGCCACCGCAGCGCUCGCCGCGCUCGAUCCGACGCCGGACGCGGCCGCCGCACACCUUGCGCGCCACGCCACUGCGCCGCUGCACACCACCGACGUCCUCCAGCGCGACGCGCCGUUCCUCCGUGCGCUCCAAGCGCACUUUGCUGCGCCCUGGGCGACGCCCGGCCUCCACAGCCUUCUCCAGCUGCAGUACGCCCUCUUCCUCCAGGACGCGGGCGAUGCGAGCGAGCAGGUCCAGCACAUGGCCACAGCGGCGCUUGCGCCGCCCAAGUGCGACGGCGACGCUGUGCCGAGCGCCGCGCUCCUCUUUGCGCUCCUCUGCAUGCUCGCGUUCCGCGACGCAAGUAGCGACGGCCUUUUGCGCACCCUCUCAGGCGUCGACGCCGAGUUUCAGGCGUACAUACUCCAGCAAAUGGAGCACCUCCUCCUCCGCCUCUGCACGCACAACCUUGCGCUCCUGCGCAAGCUGCAGCGUGCCGAGGAAGACGCCGCGUUCGCCGCACUCCGCGGCGCGCGGCCUGGCGUUGCGCCGCCCGCGCGCCGCUACGAUAUCGAGGCGCUCUUUGACCUCGUUGCACGCACCUGCGAGGGCCGCGCCGAGUCGGGGCUUGCAUUUCUCCUCGGCGCCGACCGCCGCUUUUCGCGCUUUUGCCUGUGGGCCGUCGAUAUGCGCGAGCCGGGGCAGCAGCGUGCGCUGCUCUCGAUGCUCGCCGCGCUUGCAUGCGGCGAGCAGUGCGCGGGGCACGUCCAUGCGCUCCUCGAGUCUGAGCCGCAUCACGCGGGCGAGCGCCGACUCGCUACCUGGCCGCAUCUCUUUGACUGGCUCCAGCACUACAUCGAUACAUUCCGCAUGCGCAGCGGCACGAUGCCGCCCGAAGAAAUGGUGCUCCUGCGCACCUUUCUCCACGUCCUCCGCGCUGUCGUGCGCUCGAGUACCGCGGCGCGCGACUCGCUCUACCUCUGCGCACAGUACGCGCCGCUGCAGCGCCUCUUUGCGCUCUAUACGUGCGCCGUGCCCGUCGACCUCAAGGCCGCGCUCCUCGACGCGCUCGCCGCAUUCGCCGCCAACGCCUCGCCCAAGAUCCUCGCGGAGCUCUGGCAGCGCCUCGAGCAAACCGGCGUCGUGCACCAGAAACACAACACGUCGCCGGCCGUGUACGAGCUGGAGCAUGUCGAGUCCGCGUACUACCGCUACCCCGGCACCACCGCGCUCGUGCGCUUUCUGCGCGCCGUGCUCCCGCCGGCGGUGGCCGGCGCCGCACACACCGUUUCUCCGCAGGCGCUCGCGGCGGCGCCGGCGCCGCCACCGCCGGCGCAGAGCACCGCGCCGUACGUGGCCUUUGUGGUGGAGCACGUUUUCCUCAAAGCCGCCACGCGCGUCUAUGCACAUCCUGCAGAGCGCUGGCAGGUCUCCGCGGCGUGCCUCGACUUUAUGGAGCACUGUCUCGCGACGUUUCCCGUCGCGCGCCUCGUCGACGACGCCUCGCGCGAAACGCUUGCGGCGCUGGCGCGCCACCCCGGCUUUGCCGUUUUGCGCCGGCUGCUCGGCUCCAAAGCGCUCCUCGAGGAGCUCUUCUUCUUCCUGCACCCCGACCCCAACAGCGCUGGGUUUGACGCGGUGAAUGCCGACCGCGCCCAGUCGCCCUUUUUCUCGCACGCCGUCGCCACGACGCUCCGCAUUUUGCUGCACGUCUUUUCCAACCAGCACGUCUUCCUCCACGUCCUCUGCCCCGCCCUCGGCGACGCCGCAAGCGCCGCGGCGUGUGAAGCGCUCGACGUGCACCUCCUGCACUCACCCACGAUCGUCGUCCAGCUGGCCCUGUACGUCAACUGCACCGACGAGCAGAUCGCUUUGCUUGCCGUGCGCGCGCUGCACGCCCUCGCACAGAGCCCCACGUUCCAAGCCGCGGACCACUUUGGGCCGCUGCGCCACCGCCAAACGAUGAACCGCCUCGCGGGCAUCCUCGAUAUGAGCGGCGAGACGGAGCGCGUGCGUGCUGGGCUCCUUGCGUGGCUCGUCGCGCCCACGCCCGACCCUGCGCUUGGCGCCGCGCCCGACGAGAUGGGCGAGCCGGAUACCUUGCUCCCGACCGAGACCAUCGCACACCUGCAGCUCGCCAUCCUCGCCUUUUUGCUGCACGGCGCACAGGCGCGCGCGCCGAACCUUGUGCACUAUUUGCUUGGCUACCGCGACGCGUCGAUUGUGGACGCACACGCCGAGAUGCUCUAUACCAUCGUCUCCAUCCUCGAGCCCCAGCGCGAGUCGCCGCCGCUCUGCGCGCGCUUCCCGGCGCUCGCGGAAAAGUGCUUUGCGCUCGUGAGCAGUUUGUGCACGCACGCGUAUACGAGCUCUGCCACGCUGCGCUUCCUCCGCACGCGCGCAUUCCUUCUCCAGCAUCUCCGCACCGUUCCCACACGUCCGUCGGCGGCGCGCGCGCGCACCACGGGCCACGUCACGUACGCCGACGGCGCGCUCGUCGCCACCACGCCCGCUGCGUUCCUCGCUCUUUUGCGCACCCACGCGCACAUACUCACGCUCGUCGCCCUCGAGCUGCACACCCUCGCGCUCCAAUCGCAAAUCGCGCGCGCGCGCGCCCUCGUCGACGCAUUGCUUGGCGUGGGCGAGCCCGCGCGCCUUUUUUUACUGCUGCACGACGGCGCAUGGCACGACGACCGCGAGCUGCUCACCGCCCAAGAAACGCACGCAGAGCGCGGCGCGCUCGAGGCGGCGUCGGUCGAGGACGGCACGCGUGUGUAUGACCUGCGUGCCCUCGCCCAGAACCUUGUGCAGCGGCGCGGCGAGGAGCACAAUGCCUGGCUCGAGCACGCCACGCGUGUGCUGCAGUGGGCCGCCGCGCAGAACACGCAUCGCGAGCUUGGCGAUGCGAAGCACUCGCUGCUGGUGGCGUGGCGCCAAGCCAUGGACAUGGCGCUCCUGCAUGCACUGCCCAUGCUGCCGCCGCCGCGCCGCGCCGAGACGCUCCUGGACACGCUCCAUGCGCUGCUUCCGCUGCUGCACAGCGCGGACGCGCAAACACAGGCGCUCGCCGCGAGCGGCAUGCUUGCGCCGCUGCGUGCCCUGCGCAGCGGCGACAUGGACGCCCCUGAGCGGCUCCUUGCAGUGCUGCGCGCCAUGCUCGACGCCAUGCUCGACGGCACACAGUGCAUGCGCAUGGACCUGUACCUCGGCCUUGUCGCGUUCCUUGAAUUUGCGCGCGACGCGCUCGCCGAGCGUGCGCACGACCUGCUCAGCACCUGUGCCGAGCAGCUCGUCGUGCUGCUCGCACGCGAUGCGCUCGACGGCUCGCGUGUUGCGCAGACCGUGGCGCUGACUGCGCUUGCGCGGCUCUUGCGCGUGAACAGUGCCGAGCGCCUCGGUGUUGUGGAUACCAUUGUGCGCCACGGCUAUCUGCGCACGCUUGUGCUCCAGCUGCAGGCGCUCGACGCGCCGCUCCAAGAAACGCUGAGCGCCGACCCCAGCUCGCUCAACGCGCAGUAUGUUUACGAGGCGCUCCUCGCGCUUUUUUCUUGCAUUGCGCAGUCGCGCAGCGGCGCACAGCAGCUCGUCGAUGCACAGCUGUUGCACGUCCUCGCGCGCGUCGCGUUUCCCUCGCAGCGCCCCGAGGCGCAGCCCGUCCAGGAUCUGGAUGCGUUCCUUCCCCAGGUCGCGGAGCGCUACGCGGCGCUCCUCACGCCGCUCCUGCAGCUCCUGGUCGCCGUUCUGCUUCAUGUGCACGUCCCGGGCAAGCUCGGCGCCGCUGCACAGCAGACCACGGCGCUCCUGCACGCACACCAGGACGCAUUCCUCGCGACGCUCCGCGCCGCUGCGCAUCCGCACGCCGGCGUGGCCGACGCGGAGCAAGCGGCGCUCCUCGUGCUGCUCCUCGUCGCGGUCUUUGGCGACGGCGUAGCUGCGUUCCAAAGCGCCGUCCUGGCGCUCGGCGCUGCGUACCUCGGCGCGCCGCGCGCUUGGCUUGCGCCGCAGACAGCCGCCGAGCGCGACGAGGCGCUUGUGAUGCUGCCCGCCGCGGGCGGCCUUGUCCAGUGGGACGCAGAGGGCCAAGCGCGUCUUUCCCUUUUUGUUUUGCACGCGCAGCGCGCGCAUGCGCGCGUGCUGCGUGCCGUGGCGUCCUACCUGGAGCGCGCGAGCCAGGCUGCUCCGGUGCUUGCGCCGACGCUCCAUGCGCGUACGCACGCCAGGGCUGCCGCGCCCGCGCUCGGCGUGCUUGUUGCUGCGCUGCGCGAGCAGCUGCGUGCGCUCGAGACCACGUUCAAGAGUUUGGAUAGAGUGCAUCUUGUGCUCCGCGAUCCAGACGCGGUGCGCAUGGAGGAGUGGAGCGAAAUGGCGCGCGACGGCCUGGGCGUGGAGGAGGGCGUGGAGCGCGCUGGGACGCUUGAAGCGCUUGGCGCGUGUGCGACGCAGCUCCAUGCUGAUGCCUCGACGCUGCUGGAUGUGGUCGAGCUGCUUACCGUGCUGCUUGUGCGCCAUUUCCGCCUCUUUGUCGAGGCGCCGGGGAAGGGAGAGGAAGGGGGUUUGGAUCCCGGCGCGCUGCGCUCCGCGGGAGCACCGCUGCUGGGGCCUGUGCUCGAGGCGCUGGAACUUUUCCACGUGCCCUCCUUUUUUCCAGACGCACAGGAGCACUUGGCGUUUCUGCAGAUGAUGGCGCGCAUGUUGUCUGCAUUGCUUGUGGAGUAG